GUACUUGUCAAAAUAAAAACGUUUGAUUUCCAUUCCCCCAGAACUUGCAAAAUAUUUUUACAAUAAAUUGAUUUCUUUAUUUAAAAUUAUUUAUUUUAAAUAAAAUACAAUAAUGUCUCGCAAAGAAGCUCUAUCACAAUUCAUCAAUCAAAUCCAUGGACGUCCGGUAGUAGUAAAAUUAAAUUCUGGUGUAGAUUACAGAGGUGUCCUUGCAUGUUUAGAUGGCUACAUGAACAUAGCCCUCGAUCAAACCGAAGAAUACCUCAACGGCCAAUUAAAAAACAAAUACGGAGAUGCAUUCAUUCGUGGCAACAAUGUUCUUUACAUUUCAACUCAAAAGAGACGAAUUAACUGAAUAACAUCUCAUAAAUAA